GCGAGCGCGCCCCCGGCCCGCCGACCGCGCGCACAGCCCGCACAGCCCACGCCGCGGGCGAGCGAGACCUCGGCCCGCCACCAUGACUUCCAGUAAGAUCGAGAUGCCGGGCGAGGUGAAGGCCGACCCCGCCGCCCUCAUGGCGUCCCUGCACCUCUUGCCGUCGCCCACGCCCAACCUCGAAAUCAAGUACACCAAGAUUUUUAUUAACAACGAGUGGCAGAACUCAGAGAGCGGGAGAGUGUUCCCUGUCUAUAAUCCAGCCACAGGAGAGCAGGUGUGUGAAGUUCAAGAAGCAGACAAGGCAGAUAUAGACAAAGCAGUGCAGGCAGCCCGCCUGGCUUUCUCUCUUGGUUCAGUGUGGAGAAGGAUGGACGCUUCAGAAAGAGGCCGUCUGUUGGAUAAGCUUGCAGACUUGGUGGAGCGAGACAGGGCAGUUCUUGCAACCAUGGAAUCCCUAAAUGGUGGCAAACCGUUCUUGCAAGCUUUUUACGUGGAUUUGCAGGGGGUCAUCAAAACUCUUCGGUACUAUGCAGGCUGGGCUGAUAAAAUUCACGGGAUGACCAUUCCUGUAGAUGGAGAUUAUUUUACUUUUACAAGACAUGAACCCAUAGGAGUGUGUGGACAGAUCAUCCCGUGGAACUUCCCCCUGCUGAUGUUUGCUUGGAAAAUUGCUCCAGCUCUUUGCUGUGGCAAUACAGUAGUUAUUAAACCAGCAGAACAAACACCGCUCAGUGCGCUCUACAUGGGAGCCCUCAUCAAGGAGGCUGGCUUUCCGCCGGGAGUCAUCAAUAUUUUGCCAGGAUACGGGCCAACGGCUGGGGCGGCAAUAGCUUCUCACAUUGGCAUAGACAAGAUUGCAUUCACAGGGUCAACUGAGGUUGGAAAGCUUAUCCAAGAAGCAGCUGGAAGAAGUAACUUGAAGAGAGUAACUCUGGAACUUGGAGGGAAGAGCCCCAAUAUUAUUUUUGCCGAUGCUGAUUUGGACUAUGCUGUGGAGCAGGCUCACCAGGGGGUGUUCUUCAACCAAGGCCAGUGCUGCACCGCGGGGUCUCGCAUCUUUGUGGAGGAAUCCAUCUAUGAGGAGUUUGUGAGAAGAAGUGUGGAGCGGGCCAAGAGGCGCAUAGUGGGGAGUCCCUUUGAUCCCACCACUGAGCAGGGACCCCAGAUUGACAAGAAACAGUACAACAAGAUCCUGGAACUCAUCCAGAGUGGUGUGGCAGAGGGUGCCAAGCUGGAAUGUGGAGGCAAAGGACUGGGCCGAAAGGGAUUCUUCAUAGAGCCCACGGUGUUUUCCAAUGUCACCGAUGAUAUGCGGAUUGCCAAGGAGGAGAUCUUUGGCCCUGUUCAGGAGAUUCUGAGGUUUAAGACAAUGGAUGAAGUGAUCGAAAGAGCCAAUAACUCAGACUUUGGACUUGUGGCAGCUGUCUUCACUAAUGACAUCAACAAGGCCCUCACGGUGUCUUCUGCAAUGCAGGCGGGGACUGUUUGGAUCAAUUGUUACAAUGCCUUAAAUGCCCAGAGCCCCUUUGGGGGAUUCAAGAUGUCUGGAAAUGGGAGAGAAAUACCUACUGAGACAGAAGCUUUGGUGGGAUGGUCAGGAAUCUACAACGAAGCAAGCUCCAAAGGGGGGAGUUUGGCUUGCGAGAGUACUCGGAGGUGAAGACGGUGACAGUAAAGAUCCCUCAGAAGAACUCCUAAGAAGGCCAAGGGGGAAGGUGGAGGCCAUCCCGCAGGACUCUCCCUCUCUGCUCUCCCUGGGGGGCCCGGCUCUCAGGAAUCCAAAGUCCAUACUAGGUCCUUAUUUAAAGUGAAAUAAUGACACGUAGGCCAGGCCAGUCAGUGGGUAAUGAAAGCAGACCAUGUGGGCACCAUUUCCUGGCACUCUGUAAGGGUUCACCUGAAUAAUACCAAAUACUGGGGAAAGGGGACGGAGAGCAGAGAAGUAGCUGUCAGGGACUUCGAUCUCUCCAGAGGGAUGGGCUGGCGCCUUUUGUCACAAAGAACUUUCCUCCUGAGGGAAGGUUGUCCUUCCAUUGUCUUCAUUUUCCCCUUUCCAGCCUCUCUCUGCUCACCCAUCCCUCCCACCCCUCCAAGGAGAUCUCAGCUGAGCUCAUUUGGGGCAGAUGUUUGGGCCGGGAACAAUUUUCCAAGGUUUUGCAGCCAAAUUACCAUUUCAUGUUAUCCACUUCUUCAAAGCAAAACAUGAAAUGGUUUUAGUUAGAGCCAGCCCAGACUGAAAAUGCCAGGAGCUGGUACACUGCAGAUGUACCAAGAAGCAAGAACUGGGGACAUUCCUGACCCAGUCUGGCUUUCUUACAUCCAUAAAUAACACGAGCAAAAGAGCAGGAAGAUGGAGAUCUGGAGAUCAUCCUAUGUAGUUCACAACUUCUGAUCUGGCUGCUUGGCUUUAGGGCGUGUGGGUGCGCGUGUGUUUACUUCCUUCUGGGUGAUUCUGGAAUAAGGUGGGGGCAGGGGGGGUUGUUUUUCAUAGAUUGAUAAGGUCUUUUUCCAAAGCUUAUCUUAACAACCCAGAAACGAAUGGCUGGGCUCAAGAAUUUGGUAAAAGGUAAUGCUGGGGGCCUUGCAGAAAUAAUUUCAUUUUCAGUACUGGCUGACAAUUCUUACUAAGUGAAUUAUCUCUGCAGUUGGACUCUUCAGCCUCUGUCCCCCGCCCCCCAUUGCCCCAGCACUGCUACUCCCAGUGCUCUGGCUGUCACUUUGGCCUAUCGUGCCCUAAAUCCACUGGCAGUAACCCUGGAGAACCUGAGCAAGCCUGCAGAUUCCGUGUCACUCGCAGACUUGCAGCGUGCCACGAUUGCCACGCUCCACCAGACCUCCGCCGACUCAUCCAGCGGCUCGUCCACAUCCACGCAGCAUUUUCCCUCCCAGCCUCCCCAGGAGCCUCCCGAGGGGGAGGCACCAAGCGGUGCCCCUCCCUCCCCUCCAGUCACACCCUCCUCUCCUGCUUUCCAACGCAUCCACCGCAUCCACCGGUUGAUGGACAGCAUCACCUUCCUUUCCUCCUUCCGCUUUCCUGGCUGCCGAAGUCAGUCCGGUCUGUAACGUAGAUGGAGAUCAUUUAUUUAAAAGUACCAAACAUAGCCUAGAGUACAUGGAAUAUGGCCAACACAUAUAUAGCCUUCUGUAUUUAAUGGGUUUCUGCUUUCUAACCAUCCCGGGUUUCUAUUUAUAAGUCUUGUCUAUUCAUGAUGUUUAAAAGAAAUCCCUCCUCGCUGUUAUUUACGAACGGCAGUGCAUUCAGUGGCCCGAUGCCUUGAGAGACGCCACAUCUCUGAGCCCUUCCAUGUGACUGUCAUGCUCUCCUUAUAGCUUGUGUCCAAGUGAACAUAUCCAUUAACCAGCUAGUUACCUUUCAACUGCAGUAUAGAAUGUGAAAAUGAAGAUUUAUUUCUUUUAAUUUACUUAAAAAGAAACCUCUGUGCUAGCAAUAAAGCAUUUAUAUUGUGUA